AUGACCGUCACACUCACCGAGAAGGGCGAAGUCUGGCACGACGACGUCGCAGACGUGAAGGAGCUCGACGACGGUGUCGACCGCCAUCUCGUCGUGCACGAGCGACCCGAGCUGUCGGGGCUGGACGAGGUCGAGCUCGCGGCUCUCGAUAAGCGGACAACACGCAAGAUUGACAUUCUCAUGAUGCCCGGUCUCAUUCUCCUCUUCCUCCUCAACUACAUCGACCGCUCGAACAUUGCCGUCGCCAAGGUCGCCGGCGUCGACAAGACGCUCGGUCUCACGACGACGCAGUACAACACCUGCGUCUCGGUCAUGUACGCGGGCUACGUCGCGUUCCAGGUGCCCUCCAACAUGGUCGCGAGCCGCGUCAAGUACCCAGGUCUGUACAUCUGCACGAUGUGUGCGAUCUGGGGCAUUGUCGCGGGCUGUCAUGGGGCGGUGCAGAGCUACGGCGGACUGGCGGCGUGCCGCGCCGUGCUCGGCAUCGUCGAGGCGGCCUUUUACCCCGGAGCGCUGUACAUGAUCUCGAUCUUCUACACGCGCGAGCAGAUGGCACUCCGCGGCGCCAUCCUCUGGGCCGGCUCGCAGCUCGGGAACGCGUUCAGCGGCCUCAUCGCCGUGCCCAUCAUCACGCUGAAUGGACGGUAUGGGCUCGAAGGGUGGAGGUGGCUCUUCAUCGUCGAGGGCGUCCUCACCGUCGGCUGUGCCCUCGUCGUCAUGUCCUACGUCCCCAACCGGCCCGAGACGUGUCGCUGGCUCACGCCCACCGAGCGUGCCCGCCUGCUGUACCGCCUGGAAGCGAAUCGUGGCACCCAAGAUGGCACCUCCGAGGUUGGCAACUGGGUCGCCCUCAAACUCGCCCUCACCGACCCCAAGGCUUGGAUGCUCGUUCUCAUCAACCAGUUCAACUUCAUCGCUGCUUCUGUGACAUUGUUCUUCCCUGUCGUUACAGCCACGCUCGGUUUUUCGCGUACUGUCACCCUCGUAAUCACUGCGCCGCCGUAUCUUCUCGCUGUUGUCGUGAUGACUUUUAACGGGUGGCACUCGGAUAAACAUCGGGAGCGCAGUUUCCACAUUAUAGUGCCGUUCCUGUUCACAAUCGCGGCUAACACGAUCGCCAUCGCGACCCUGAAUACGGGCGCACGCUAUUUCGCCAUGUGUCUCAUGCCCGCGUCCUUCUACUCGGCCUCGACGAUCGGGUACUCGUGGAUUGGCAUCAACAUCACUGGACCCGCCAUCAAGCGCUCCAUCAUCUUUGCGCUCGUGAAUGCGUUUGGAUCCACGACCUCCAUCUGGACGCCGUACCUCUACUUUGCCCCGCCGAGGUACACGGCGGCUUUUGGCGUCAUGCUCGCGGCGCCCGUGUGUCUCAUCCUCACCACGCUCUGCUUCCGCCAGUACCUCAAGCGCCAGAACGCCAAGCUCGACCGUGGGGAGGACACGGGCAUCCAUGGCCCGUCCCUCGUCCAGAUCGAGGCUGGGUUUCGCUACCAAUUGUAG